UACUAUCGGGUUGUAGUACCUAGCCACACGUCGACUUACAUCAAUUUUUCACUAAAUAAUUGUUAAAUUUUUCUCAGAUUUCAUUGGCAAAAUGUGUGAGCCUGCCUGUGACGAUUUGGAGACCUUCAAUCCCCAAGUGGAGUUCCAGAAGUUUCUCAAACGCAAGCCCGUCAUCCAGACAGCAAAACUCUAUGAGAAUCUACACAAGCGCGAAGACAUAAAGUGUCCCUACCGCUUCAAGGGCUAUGGCGUGGAGAGCGACACCAAUACCAUGUACCGCACUUGCAACUCGGAGUACGGUUACUAUGCUCCCAAUGCCUACACCAUACCCAAGCGCUUCCAUCCGCGUCCGCAAAAGUUCUCCAACGAGGUGGCGCGCUUCGGCAUGUAUCGCAAUUUCUCCCUGAAUACCCACAUAGAUCGCACAUUUUACUAGAUUUUUUGUGCUGUGCAAAGGAACGAGCG